AUGGCUCCCAACCUCAACCGCCGCUACCUGCAAACGUACAAGUCCAUAUUCACUAAUGCAUCUGCUGCAGCCUUGCCGGAUCGACCGCCCAGUUGUCCACCCUGUCCUGAACCAGACUGCUUCAACUGUCAGCUGCCCGCGUACGAAUGCUACCAGUACGGCGAAUGCAACCAAUACGAUGGUCUCUGUAGCUGCCCCGUCGGGUUUGGUGGGCCAGACUGUCUCUCGCCUCUCUGCGGUUCACCUGCGGAUGGCUCCAAGCGCUUCCCGAAGGGCGAACCCGGCGACGAGAAAUCGUGUCAAUGCUCUGAUGGCUGGGGCGGUCUCAACUGCAACGUCUGUAACACCGAUGCUGCUUGCUCUAACUUCCUGCUCGGAGGAGAGCGUCUCGGCGAGAACGGCACAUGCUACGAUGGAGGCGCAACCAUUCAGCAAAAUUUUCAACAGUGCGAUGUCACCAACAAAAAGAUCGUCGACAUGCUUCCAGGUCGGCCACCCCAAGUCACUUUCAGCUGCGACAAGAGCGACGCCACCUGCAACUUCCAGUUUUGGAUUGGAGCUCGUGAGUCCUUCUACUGCGGUUUGGACGACUGUCAAGAGACCGUCGAGAUUGGCUCGUCGUUCAACAAGACUUCGUACGACUGCAAGAAGGUCAGCUGUCAAUGCAUUCCUGAUCGUAUGCUGUGCGGUGAGUCAGGCAGCAUCGACAUCUCCGAGUUCCUGACCGAAGAGAUCAAAGGUCCUGGAAAGAUGUCCUGCAAGGCUGAUGCCGACGGCAUUCGCAGAUGCCGCUUCGAGGAGCCAGGCAUGAAUGGUCUCAUCUCGGACGUCUUCGGUGACGAGGCUAUUUUCAUCACUUGCAAAUCCGGAGAGUGCAUCCACUACAGCCAGGUUCCCGGCUACCAGGUACCCAUCGCACCCGAGAAGCCGGUCAAAUGGGUUGUCAUCAGCGCCAUAGCCGCCAUCUUGCUCGUCAUCCUCUCAGUUAGCUUGCUGUGGAUGCUCGGACGUCACUACAAGGACGACGAGGUUCGUCUCGGAAGCGUGCGGCUGCCAGAGGAGGAAGCUGACUUGAUGAAGGACCACAUCCCUGCAGCGCUUCAUUGGGAGAACGUUGGCUAUCGCAUCGGGUCGAGAGCCUUGCUUGAUGGUAUCACAGGCUCGGUGCAGCCGGGAGAGGUCCUGGCCAUCGUUGGUGCGAGUGGGGCGGGCAAAACGACGUUCCUUGACAUUCUCGCCCGACGCGAGAAGCGUGGUGUCACGUCGGGCACGGUUUUGAUCAACGGCAGAACCAUGUCGAAUCAAGAGUACAAGCGUGUUGUCGGCUUUGUCGAUCAAGAGGAUCUGCUUAUGGAGACAUUGACGGUCUACGAAACCGUGCUCUACUCGGCCCUCUUGCGAUUGCCCAGAGACAUGUCGCUCGAGGCCAAAAAGUUCCGCACGCUUGAGACCAUGCAAGAGCUCGGCAUCCUUGGUAUCAAGGACAGCCGUAUUGGCGGCUCUGGCUUUACCGCGGGCGGUAGCAAAGAAGGUCGCGGCAUCAGCGGUGGCGAGAAGCGUCGCGUCUCCAUCGCGUGUGAACUCGUCACGAGCCCAAGCAUCCUCUUUUGCGACGAGCCGACGUCUGGAUUGGAUGCGUACAACGCAUUUAAUGUCGUCCAGUCGCUUGUGACGCUGGCCAAGACGUACAAGCGCACGGUCAUCUUUUCGAUUCACCAGCCGCGGUCCAAUAUUGUAGCCUUGUUCGACAAGCUACUACUGCUGGCAGAGGGUCGCGUGGUCUACUCGGGACCGUUCAGCCGCUGCAGUGACUACUUCGAUCAGGUUGGUCAUCCCUGCCCACCUGGUUUCAACAUUGCUGAUUUCUUGAUCGACUUGACUGCUCGUCGUAGUACAGUAGCUGGUGAAGAUGCACAGGCCGACGACGUGGAAGGAGGAGGAUCUGCAGGAAGUGCGCACAAUCGGAAUGAUACGAGCAUCGUGACAACCGGCACCAGCUCAAGGGACGAAUCUACCGAACUCAGGACACGUCCCAGCUCGAUCGCGGAAGAGGGCUCGACUCGUGGAAGCUUGCGCAAAAAGACGAGCCGUCUCUCGGAAGGCCUGCGCAACGCUUUCGCUAACGGCCAAUCCAACGGCAGAGAUGUGUGGAUGCCGGCGCUGAGCAGCGGCAAGCUGGUGCACCUGGUCAAUUCCUUCGCCGAGUCCGACGUCGCCAACGCUACGAAAUCAGAGCUCGACGCCUUUCUGGGACGCCGACCUGAAGGAGUGGUCAAUGACCUGCCGGACCUGGCCAAUGAAAGCGCGGUGCGUGGGUCGUACAAGAAGGCCGGCCUGUGGACGCAGUUCAAGAUUCUGUCGGGACGAGCGUUCAAGAACUUGUACCGUGACCCGAUCCUCAUGUUUGCCCAUUUCGGCCUCGCCAUCGUCCUCGCGCUCUUCUGCGGGGUGCUGUAUCACGGCGUCACCAACGACAUUUCGGGCUUCCAGAACCGGCUGGGGCUGUUCUUCUUUAUUCUAUCGCUCUUCGGCUUUUCGUGCCUCACCUCCCUGGGGGUGUUUGCAAACGAACGCGCGCUGUUCGUGCGCGAACGCAGCAACGGCUACUACAGCCCCCUCACGUACUUCACAAGCAAGCUGCUGUUCGACAUCCUGCCCCUGCGCGUCGUCCCGCCGUUCCUGUUUGGAGGCUGUGUCUACUUCCUAGUAGGCCUCGUUCCAGGCGUCGCCGAGUUCUGGAAGUUCAUCCUCACCCUCGUCCUCUUCUCGCUCUCCGCCUCAUCGGCGGUCUUCUUCAUCUCGAUCGCCAUCUCAGAUACCGGUCUGGCCAACCUGGUGGGCUCGCUCACCAUGCUCUUCUCGUUGCUCUUCGCGGGGCUGCUCAUCAACAGAGACCGCAUCCCCGGCUACCUCAAGUGGCUGCAGCACCUCUCGUUCUUCCAUGCGGCGUACGAGGCGCUCAUCGUCAACGAGCUCAGAAACCUCAGCUUGAAGGAGCACAAGUACGGCAUUGACAUCGAGGUGCCGGCGGCGAGCAUCAUCAGCUCGUUCGGGUUCAACAGCCAGGCGUUCUGGUUCCCGGACAUUGUCACGCUGGCGGUGCUGUUUGUGGCGUUUACGGGGGCGAGUCUGGUUUGGUUGGUGCUGUUUGUACGCGAGAGGAAGUGA